AUGAUGAGUGAAGACAAGGCGAUGGCCAACACGUCGGCCACCACUACGGCGGCCACGGAAUCGUUGGACUCGAAAUCGGUGGACAAACAGCUGAUGAUGGAAAUGUCUGAAUACCGCAACGAUUUCAUCGACUUCUUCCUCAGUGUUUACGGCAAACAGUUUGACAAACGGUUCCGAGAGGUGACCGACGCGUUGGCCGCCGAGACAGAGGCGCCCGAAAAGGCGGACCGAUUUCGGGCGAUACGCGACCAACACAUGAGACAAUGCGAGGCAUCUCUUGAGAAGCGAUUGGACGCCGAGUUCGAGCGACUCUUCGGCGACCAGUCGGUGAUCGACAAACUCUUAACAGACGUAACCGAUAAGCCGGCGGACGACGAGUUGCCCGCCAUUCAGGAGGCCCUCCGCCCUGUGAAGCGGCAGUUUGUGGAUCAGCUCCAGAAUUUGGAGCGACUGAUGACCGAACGGCUCGACUCCAAGACCAACGAGUUGUCCGAAUUGACCGAAUCGGUCGCUCAGGCGUUCACUGAAUACGAGGCCAAACGGAAGUCGCUUCAAAAGAGUGUCUUAAAAAUGGUCAACAAAUUGGAAACAAUCGAAAGCCCAGAAUUGGAUUAGAUUUGUGGGACUCACGAGGAAUGGGACACC